AUGGGUCUGUUCAAGAAAUCCAACGACGACGACGAUUCCAACCGCCGAGCACUCUUCGGCCGCAAAAAAGACAAGAGCCCAGCGCCCCCCUCCAACCCUUACGCCCAACCAAUUCCAGUUGAUCCCUACACCAAGGCCAAGAUUGGCGCCGGUGUCGCCCCUUUACCUGCCGACCACCCCGCCGCCAACGGUGGCCCCGCCUCCCACAGCCCGCAUAACAUCCCUUCCGAUAACAAGUAUUCUUCCGGCUACAGCGCCAACCGCUUCGGCAACCAGGCUGGCUACGAAAGCGACCGAUUUGGCUCGAACAGCGCUGGCGCUGGCAGCCCGGCCUCGGGAGCCGGAUCAGGAUCCGGAUCGCGGUAUGGAAAUGGUGGCUACGGCGGUCUAGGCAGCUCAGACCCCAACGACCCCGCGGCUGCGGAUGCAGCUCGCAGCGAAUUGUUCGGAGGUGCCAAGAACCGCACUGCGGACACUGGAUCCGGCAAUGCGCCUCCGCCUUACUCGGAGGGACAAAGUCCGGCGAAUAACUACGGUGGCGGUAGCAACGAGUACAGCAUGUCGACCUUCCAAGAGCGCCAGCUGACCGCAGAGGAAGAGGAGGAGGAGGAGAUCAAGGCCACGAAGCAGGAGAUGCGCUUUGUCAAGCAGGGUGAUGUGGCGUCUACUCGUAAUGCACUCCGUGCCGCUGCACAGGCUGAAGAGACCGGUCGCUCCACUUUGGCCCGUCUAGGUGCGCAGGGCGAGUCGAUCCACGAUACUGAGAAGAGCCUGGAUAUGACGACCAUUGAGGGUCGCAUUGCCCAGGAGAAGGCCAGGGAGCUCAAGACACUCAACAAGAGCAUGUUCGCCGUGCAUGUGGCGAACCCAUUCACCGCAUCCCGACGUCGGCGCGAGCGGGACGAAAAGGUUCUCAACACUCACCGCGAAGAGCGUGAUAUUCGCGAUGGCACCCGGUCCGAGGCUCACGGCUCCAAUCAGCGCAUGGACCGAGUGUUCCGUGAUGUUGAGCGCGACGCAAGCAGGCAGGGCAAGGGCAAGAAGGCCAGUGUUACUGAGCGGGCCAAAUACCAGUUCGAGGCGGACAGCGAGGACGAAGCCAUGGAAGACGAGAUCGAACAGAACCUGGAUCUGCUUGGCGGUGCCACUGGUCGUCUGAACGGUCUUGCCAAGGCUACUGGCAAGGAACUGGACGAGCAGAACAGACAUUUGGAGCGUAUCAUGGGCAAGAGCGAUUUCGUCGACGACCAGAUUGCCAUGAACCGGGCCAAGUUGGACCGUAUUCAUUAA